CAGCUUGCUAACUUUGGUAGACGGAAGUACUUGCUCAUAUGCUAUGGAAAAACCAGCUAACAACGCGUAUCAAACUUCCUGUACGGACAUCUUCGACUUCAACAAGAUGUCGAAAGUUAGGAAAGUGUUAGAAGAUGCAAAGGAACAUAAUAUCACCGAAAUCGAUUUGGUUGACAAAAGCAUUGCUUCGUUUGAGGACAUGCCAGGAUUGUGGUCAAUGUACAAUGUGACUAGGUUAACACUGAGCCACAACAAGAUUAAAAGUGUUCCUCCGAGCAUAGCUAACCUCGUCAACCUGGAAGUCCUCACGUUGUUCAACAAUCAUAUAGAGGAAUUGCCCACUUCAAUUUCAUCUCUCCCAAAAUUAAAAAUUCUUAAUUUGGGGAUGAAUAGGCUGAACUCACUUCCUAGAGGAUUUGGUGCUUUCCCCCAACUUGAGGUGCUUGACUUAACCUAUAAUAAUUUAAAUGAAAAAACUCUACCCGGCAACUUCUUUAUGCUAGAAACCCUGAGGGCCCUUUAUUUUGGAGACAAUGACUUUGAGAAAAUUCCAGCAGAAAUUGGUAACUUGAAAAAUUUGCAAAUAUUGUGUUUCAGAGAAAAUGACUUGAUUAGUCUACCGAAAGAAAUUGGUCAGUUAACACGUCUACGAGAAUUACACAUACAAGGAAAUGCUCUCACUCUUCUUCCUCCCGAGAUGGGAAACAUUGACUUGAUUAGUCAACGAUGUGUUGUCAGAAUGGAUAACAAUGAAUGGCUUCCUCCAAUAGCAGACCAACUAGCAAUUGGUGUGUCCCAUGUGAUAGAGUUCAUCCGGACAGACACCUAUAAAUUUAUUUACGAUCGGAAUGCACAACAGGGAAAUUCUGCACCCCGGAAGCCUAAAGAUAAAUCGAAGAAAAUCAGCUGCAAACGGGAUCAUAACUAGUUAUUUUGAGGAGUAGUACUACUAUAAUGAUGAUUCUUGCUUGUAUCAUUUAACAAAGAAAUAUCAUGACUCUAAAUGGAAUUAUUUAUUUAAUGUGUUACAUGUGUUGUAUCAGUAUGUUUUAAAUUUUUCCACAGAAAUUUUUCUGCUUUUAAAUAUACAUUCAUGUGUUGAGUAGGUUGAGUUUAUUUUUAAUAAAGAUAAUCUGUUUCUGAGGUGAUAACCUGAUGAGAGGAUAACAGAAUAUCAAGAGGUUAGGAGAUGUUAUCGAAGAUAAUGAAUUUCCAAGCAUUGUCAAAAUAUAUGUGAACUUCUAACAAACAAAAAAAUUUAAGUCCACAAAAACAUUUUAAAGUCUUGCUUCAUUUAACAGUUUUUGUAUAAAGUUCUGCCAUCAUUGUUUUAAAGUAACUUACGUUGUUAUUUGUAGUAUGUUGUUUUAUUGUUUGCUGAAAAUGUGAAUACGGUUGAUAGUUGUUUAGGCAUUACUUUUUUUUUAUGGGUGCUGUUACUGUUCAACGUGUUUGAUGCUAAUCGUGAUGCCUUCAUUACGAUGCAACUGUUUGACACAUGCUUUUUUUUUUGUCAGGUAUAUUAAUAACAUUAAAACUAAUGAUAGUUUUAAGAAAGGUGUGAUAUUAACAAUUACAGAUUGCUGGAUUUUAUCCAGUGCCGUAGAUAACAGAACCUCGUGUGUGUUUGAGAAAAUAUUUAACGAUAUAUAUAUACCACUUGUAAGUUUUACAGUUUCCUAAUUUAACUGUAAAUGUAUUUCAUGUGAAAAAUUACAUGACUUUAUUUCUUUUCAUUGCUCUAAACUAUUCAUAAAUAAGACCUAAGAUAUUAAGAGUAAAAAAUGAAAAUGAGAUAUUAUUGGCACAAUGCAAAAUUCUCUGUUAGUUAUUUCAGAUCACAUUUUCUUCCAUUUUACAAAAAAAUAAAGUUUUUACCAGAGGCAUCGCUAGGUGCUUCAAAAGAUUCAGGGAUUGGGCCCAUAGGUGCAGGAAUUAUUCAGGGAUUGGGCCCAUAGGUGCAGGAGUUAUUCAUGGAUUGGGCCCAUAGGUGCAGGAGUUAUUCAGGGAUUGGGCCCAUAGGUGCAGGAGUUAUUAGCAUUUCAGUAUAAUAUCAAUCAUGGUUUUCUGUUCUGAUUUUUCAAGACACCAACUGGGGGAUUUGGAGCAGUGUCAAAUAGAAUUAGGGCACGGGCUCCAUGUGCCAGUACCCAGUGAUGCCUCUGGUUUUUACUCUUAACUUACAGUAGCAUAAUUCACCUGAAAAGAAAUUAAGACCUAUGUAGUUUAAUGAGCAAACACCAUGUAUUUACCCAAAAAUAUGUACCCAUUUAUCGUUGUGUACCCAUGAAACAUCUUCAUGUCAUAUCCCUUUUUUGUGUGUAUGUGUGUAUUACACUGUUAAAAAUGAAUAUAUGCUCAAAAAAUGUUGACUUUCUUGAUCUACAGUAUUAAUGUGGAACAUGUGAACAACUUGUGAUUUCUCUUGUACUUUUCUCAGGGUUAUAUGUAGAUUUCUCGUGUAUCAUGCAGAAUUCUGUUUUUUCUUGUACGUUUUUUCCUUUUUAUCACUGUCUCGGAUUUUCCUGUUUCUGUGCUUUACGUGUUUCCUAGUUUUCACUAUAUUAACAGAAGUUUUAAGUAUAAAAUUUCCAUAGUACUGAAUAUAUGUUCUUAGUUCAUGUGUGACAUAGGCUUGAUAUUGCUUUGCCGAUAUUUGACCAAUUCCCUUUUCAGUUUUUUUCAUGUAGUUUUUCCGAAAUUUGUCAGAUAGACAGUAAGUCGCUAGAAGUAAAACCAUUGUGGUCUGUCCUUGUGACUUAUUGGAAUUUAAUUUUUCUAAAUGUUUCAAGAUUAAAAUCGAAAUAUAAAGAAUUGAGUAAAGACAUGUUAUUUAAGCUCUAUAUAUAUCUAACAUCUGGUUUCUUGUAACAUCUGUUGCAUAGAAUUUUUGCAUUUGGGGUCCUAAGAGAUUCUUAUUAUGUUAUUUUUGAGAAAUCAGUAUAUUUUAGGAUUUUUUUAAUUUUUGUUUUAAUGAUAUGACUUAUCAAUAUUUCCAGAAGAGUAGAAUUUAAUCUUGUACAAAUAGAUGGUCUGGUUCAAUGAAAACAUCAAUC